AUGACUUGCUCGCCCUGCUCUAUACCCCCUUUAUGGGCUGGUGAUCGUUUGCCUCUCUUCCUUCCUGCUCUGCUCUCAAUCUCUUUGUCCAUGUUCGCAUUGCGCACAAUGCAGCGCAACCCACAGCAACAAAGCCAAAGCUGGACACAGUCAUCGGGCACGAGGCCAGCAACACAGUGCGGGUCACAGACUACCACGAGCCGCGCCUCCAAUGAGUCUGUACCUGAAGAAGUCCGCGGUGCGCCGUGCGGCGGCCACACUGACAGUCGUUGGCCAUUGCUCACAUUUCAUGCUUCUGCAUCCCACAAGGCCGUACCAGAGACGCACGCAUCUCCUCCUGAGCUGUAUCGGAGACAUCGUGACAGAUUCCGUCACUUCCCAUCAUCACCGGCGAUGGAGCGUCUGAUGGGAACCCAGUUCUGGCGGGUUCUUGUACUGGCAGAUCAAGCCAACAGAUUCGCCCGGCCUCUCGCCUGUCUUAUGCAGACUGUUGCUGCCGCAAGGUCUUCGGCUCUCGGCAGCUGGCUCAGUUUCAGAUCGUUUUAUGUGGACGACUUUGCUAGGGAUCAAUCCUUGGCCACACUCGAGGCCCUUGGAAAGUUUCAUCAGGACACGAUCGUGUCUCAAUCCAGUCUUGCGAUGAUCUACAACGGUCAAGCACUCAUGUGUCUCCACAACCUGGGUAUCCUCUGCCGGGAACACGGCCUUCGUUUCGGGGAUGAAGACGAGCUGGAUAAAGCUCGGACUAUCUGGAAGAGCAAUGUGCGAUGCCAUGGCACGAGAUUGCUCGACCGUGUCCAUCAGGUGCUGGGCGUCAUAUGGGCUGAUAAUGACCAUGUGGUUCAGCGUGCGGUCGCCACUAGAUCCAUCCUGCUACUCUGGGGCGACGGUGAGGUUGGGUCGGACAGCCAGGAGAGACAUUACGCAGAGAAGCCGCAUGCAGUAGGGCGAUGUGCGGAGCGGCUCGACGCGAUAGGUACAUUGCACGACACAGAUGGUGUCGUCCUUGUCAACGAAGACGGCCGCCGCUGUGUCACUGUUGUGGGCCAGCAAACUCAGCCGUUUCUUCACGACGCCCAGGUUGUCCAGCUCGAUGGACUGGGCACCAUGCGCGUACGUCGGUGUCCAUCACGAUGA